UGUGGACUCGUCUUAUCUGUCAAUUGAGCUUCAUCUUACAAAUCGAGUUCCAGCACAUUCUUGAAAACCCGAACGAACAGAUAGUCGAAUUGCGUAAUUGGAUGACCUAUUUUGGUACUAUCAUGGAGCAGAAUCCGAGAAUUCUUUCUCGCAUUGUUCUCUCUUUUUUCUACCCUGACCUUACUGUUACUUAUUAUAAUUAAGAAAUGGAAUUUCCUGACUUAGGAAAACACUGUACAUUUGAAGGCUGUUCACAGCUUGAUUUCCUGCCUUACACAUGUUACCAAUGCAAAAAGAUCUUUUGUCAAGAACAUUUUAAACUCGAUGAACAUCGCUGUCCAAGUCUGAACGAUCCCCAACUUGAUGUCCGCGUACCUACUUGCCCUAUUUGCGAGAGUCCCGUGCCUGGACCGAGAAACGAAGAUCCCAACAUACGAGUAAACCGUCACAUACAAAACAACUGCGCAGAUACCAAAAAACCAUCCAACGUUUGUCGACAGAAAGGAUGCAAAGCAAAGCUGCUAGUACCAAUGCAAUGUUCCGACUGCGGCAAGGCAUACUGCGUCAAACAUCGAUUGCCUGUGGAUCAUGAAUGUAAAAAGGAGAACCGUUACACGAGCGUCUACAAAUCCAAACAACCAGCCGCUUCAACAUCUCCAGGAACGAAAUCUAAAGCAAGUAUAUCAGGUUUGAAAGGAUUAAUGUCAAGCAAAAGCAGCGGCAACCCAUCCACGUCUAAACCAGAUAGGCCACGACCUGCCCGGGCACAGCAAAAUGCUCAGCAACGAAAGCAAGAAAUGGCACGGCUUAGGGAGAAAGCAAGAAAUGGGGUGAGGGCUCUUUAAUUUAAAAAUAGCUAUAAAAUUGGAAAAGAUCUAACAUAUUCUUGCAUACGCGUAUUCCCCGUAGCGUUUAACCGAAGAUGAACAGAUACGCCUGGCUACUUUGAUCUCUUAUGAAGAAACACCAGAAAAAAAAGACAAUUGCAUAAUAUCUUAACGGAUAGCACCCAAUCACUUAUACCUCCAUAGACACUCAACUCCAUUUAACU